UUGGCUAAAAUGGUCAUAGCUAUGAGUCAAUUGGAUAUUCUUUUUGGGCCAUAAUAACGUAACCGGUUGUCCGGUGUCCACUUGAUGAAAUCAGCGGAUCACAGAUAAUCAUGGCAGUGUCAGCAGAUCACAUCCGGGAGAAGCUUAUUAAGGAGCUCGAGGCAGUGCAUGUGGACGUAGAGGAUACCUCACCGGAAAGAUGUGCAGCCAGCUUCAAAGUCCUGGUGGUGUCGGCGCAGUUUGAGGGGAAAUCGUUGUUACAGAGACACAGGAUGGUGAACAUGUGUCUAGCAGAAGAGCUGAAGGCAAUCCAUGCGUUUGAACAGAAGACCCUCACACCAGAACACUGGGACAAGAUGAAGCAACAGGACAUUCACAUCUCAGAUAUGCAGCCAUAUUUUGUCUUCAGAAACCAGUAAAAAGCUUUUAUACCCAAGAAACUCCGGACCAAGACCUGAACCCAGACAGUAACUGACUCACCAUCCAACCCACGGCUCAUAUGUUAAUAUAUGUUAUCUUACCAAGCAUCACUGGAGAGAUUCUGGAUGCAGAAGUAUUUAUUCAUAAUACUAAAACAUACUUCCUGUUUGCUCUGUUACUGCCAGCAGACAAUAAAUUGUACUGGAAACAGUAAGUGCAGCUCUAUGGAUGAUUCACUGUCAGGAAGGCCGAGUGCUUAAAGCUCUUUAACAAAGUGCGACUUGUUCAACCCAUGUCCCAGUUGAUGGCAGAUCUUCCACUGUGAAUGUGAUGAACAUUAGUGAUCCCUGCCAGAAACUAAAUAACUACAUGAGGCGGACCCCCUGCUGAGGCUCAGGGGGCUCAGAAAGCCAGUAGUCGCUCAGUGAGAUCAGUUGGUGGUGGCUGAGCUAAUGGAACCGAACUGAUUCAGUCAAUUCGCUGAUUUUCACCUCAGUGCUGAUGUGGCUGUUUGUGUUGGAUGAAUGCAACCAGCAGCUCCUGCAGAGAGCCCAAGCAGUUUCAUUUAAUAUCUGAGACAACGGCAGGGCUGUUUUAUUGAUUUAUUGCCCUCUAACACAUAAUACAGCAGGAGUUCAUGUCUCUGCCUGUGGAUUUUGGUGCCUCAUUUUACUCUUGAUAAAAACAUCUUGAUAUUACCUGUGAUGUUGGACUAGAGUAGAGUAGAGUAACCUGCAGAUAAACAUUUUACCAAUGUUGGAUAUAGUGCUUUUUUUUUCUUACAGUGCCACUCACAUCAAUUUGUUGCAUAGUUCCAACCAGGAAAGACGUCAGUUGGAGAUGCAGUUGUAGUUACAGGGUCAGAGUUAGUAAUCAUUAACUUUAACAGGUUCCAACUGCUGCGUCCAUCGUCCGACCCGAUUGGACCCCAAAACGAGUCUGGUUGUUUAGGGCCUUCCUCUGUCCCAGCUGUCUUGGACAGACUGAAACGGCCAGUGACUAUUUAAGCAACUAUAUUAGCUAUAAGCUGCUUAAUUAAACCUCUAGAGUCUUUCUGUUGUGUUUGCAGAGACAUUAUAUGUCUUCAUGGUUUUAGAUAACAUAGAUAUCAGACGUAGAGCAUCUGUGAUCAUUACUGUCUUACCACAAUUCACAGGUUUAAUCUGGAUUCAGACUACAUUAUUUGAACACGUUAAUCUGCUUUGAUCUAAAACUGUUCCUGUAUGUUUGGGGUCGAAGGUGACCCUUCACCCCUCCCCUAAAAAUAUUUUCAUUCAUUCAAAGAUGUCAAAACAAUGUAAAAGAAACAACAGUUACAAAAAACUUAAUGCAACUAUUUUUGAUUACAUGCUAUUUAGUUAAAUUAAUUAGUACCUUUCUCAGUAAUCAAUAUAAAUGUCUGUUUGAAUGUUUCCACUGGUAUUUUGAUUAUUUACCUGGACUUAUGCUGAGGCUUGGAGGCAUCUUUACCUUUUAGAUUCCACUCACUCAUUCCAAAACAUUACUAUUAUUUCCAGUCAGGAGACACAUUGUGGACAAAUUAAAAGAUUACUUUAAACCUAAAUUUAUCAGAGGUAUGAAUAACUUUGGGCCUUACUGUGUGUUCUACAGUUACAUGUAGUGAUGUAUCAUCAUGAGGAAAAACCAGAGGUUUGGAUAACAUUAGCUCCUCUCUGUGGUUCCCUCCUUUUGCUGCUGUGACUCAGAGCCUCCUCACCGCUUCCUCAGGUGUAAAUGACAUGGAUGAUGUGAUUGUUCAGCUCUGUUCUGUUCUGAGUGGCAGCCAUGCUGACCACCAGACACUCGGCUCUUCCAUUAGCAGCUCUUGUCAGGGUGAGUGGUGGAAGUAAUCCCCCCUCAGCCUGUUUCAGGUCUGCUGCUCUGUGAUGGAGAAAAUCACAUCACAAGUCAGCUGGCACUUUAAAAUAAGACGGUCUGACCUCUCCAUACUGUUGUGUAAACACUGAAUAAACACAAUAAAGGAUUCAUUAUCAUAAA